AUGUCUUUGCGGAGUCUUGUGACCAGUGGGCAAGAGCCGCUGCCGCCGCGCCGCCUGCCUGCGUAUGCAUACUAUACGGCGCCACACACACGCACGCUUGCCUCGGACACGUCCGCGCAGGAACUCGUCUCGUUAAUAUGGAAGCUGUGGCUAGAUGGUCAGUACAGCGAGCUGGGGAAGAGACUCGGCAACGCGGGUGAUAUUCUAGAGAGAAAGGAUAAUGUGCGCUUUGCUUGCGAGUUUCUGGCGAGUGGCGGGCUGGACAUCUACUGCCUCAUUCUGUGUGAUCCAUUUAACCCCUUGCGCUUCUUGCCGGAGCGCACGACGCGCAACAUGACCUCCCUCGAGCGGGGUCGAUGGAAGCGCACCCUUGGGCACGUAAUUGGUAUUUACGCUGAGGUUAUGCUUCAACUGACCGACCUAGUGGCGAAUCAGAAUGACCUCGGGUGGGUGAUCUACGACCGCUACCCAGGUGUCUUCUACCGACUCAUCGAGCUUCUCGAGGACAACUCCCUGUGGACUACCGCCACGGGCUUGCUAGAGCACAUUCUAGCGUGCGUUGGCCCAGUGCUCGAGAUCAGCAAAAAUUCAUCUCUCAUUCGGGUUUUGCGACACGCCUCGCCGACGGCGUUGGCGGCCUUCUGUCGUUUUCUCGCGCUGCUAAUAUUGCCCGGCCUUGCGCAAGGCCAGAAUCCGAUUGUGGCGCGUCGGUUGCACUACCCAGAAACAGUGGCGGUGCUGCGGCAGGUGCAGCGUGUGGUGGACAGCAACGUGCUGUGGCUGAUCGGUGAGAAGGGGCUCGUGUCGACGCUCAUUAGUCUGUGCGAGCUUCGACCUAACGGGCUGCGGGUGCAGCAGGGUGGUCGAUCCAUGAUGGUGCUCCCCCCGGAGACCGCCUUGCUUCGUGGAGACAGUCAGAGAGCUGUCAACGCGACGCGCGCUGGCGGCCGCACCAGUAUGAUGCCCCUCGGCAGCGAAGACAUCGAGUGGGAGGACGAAGAGGAGGCUGGCCGGUUGGCGGACAACGAAGUCCAUGAAGGGAGUGGCGCGUCUGGCGGAAGCGGCGGUGCAGCGGAUUUCCUCGUCAAUGGUUCCUCUCUCCCCACGCUCUUCGCCGGGAUUGAGCAUUUGCUCGGAAUUAGGUGGUCCCAGAGCCAAGCGCCUCGUGCACCGGGGCCGUUCAUCGACGCUACAUUGCCAUCAUCACAGCAGUUGCAGCAGCUCUCUGCGUCACCCGCGUGGACCAACCUUUCCGGCACCUUUCCACCGCGUGCUGACGAGCCAGCGGCACUCUCGGAAUACCUUGAGCGCAUGCGCACCAACGUACGCAGUGACACGGCAAGCGCGGCGUUCGGUGUGAACCGUUCCCCCCUCGGCGUGGCGCUGCCGCCGCCGCCGCUGUCUACUUCUCCACCGCGGGGCGGCAUUCGAGUGGAAGUCGGCGGCGACGGAGGCGGUGUGUCGGCGCAGGUGUUGGCCGAACUGGAGCACGCUGGGUUGCCUCUCGAUGGUGCCGAGCAGCUAGCCUACCUGAACCGUGUCACAUCUAACCAGUUCCAAGCUGAGGACCCAUCGUGGUUGGUACAGUGGCUGCUGGACGGCGACAUCCUCGAGGAGGAAGACAUGGCGCAGAGCUUCAAAACUUCGAUGGACAUCCACUGGUGGGUGGGGUCGGCCGACACACGGCAGCGCUGGCGUCUGCGAGACCCGUCUUUGAUUCCAGAGAGGGAUGAUAACCGCCACGCGCUUCUCUGCUUGGCAGUGCGUCGCACCGUUGCUCCUGGGCCACGGCCGCCAACGCUGGAGGAGUUCAACGCGGCUAAUAAGAGGCUCUUGUCGAUGUUGAUUGAGCCGUUGCCUCGCGUGGACGACCUCGCCUUGCUGAGUCCUAUGGACAUGCAACGCAUCCUUGAGUCACAGAGCGAAGUGCUGUACCUGCUGAACAUGUUCCUCUCGACCUUCUACUUCAGCGACUCGUGGAGGGCGCUGAGGGACUGCCGUUGGGUGCCGCGGUCUGUACCGAUACUGGAGGCCGCCUUCGGGCUGGAUCCGUCGCUGCCGGCAUUAGUGGAUGUGCCGCCGCACGUCCACUUGCCCGACAAGCUGCGGGCCUUGCCGCGCUACUUGCCACCGUGUGCCCCUAUCGACCAAGAGGAGCCCGCCACGCUCGCCGAUGGCUCGCCGCGCUACCCGGCAACGUGGCGUCUUGUUCCGCUUCUCAAGCUUCUUGGAGACCUCGCCGUUGUGUACCUGCGUGACCCCAAUCAGAUGUGUGAAGAGGAGCCAGAAAAUCAUCAGCACGGACCAGAUACAAUGCGCAAGAUGGAGCUGCUCCGUGUCCUUUACGAGUACUGGAAUGCGCAAGACCGUCGGGAGCAGGAGAUGGUGGUCGAAGAUGCUGAAGUCGUCGCCAGCGCGUGGAGGAAUGCGGCGGCCAUUGCCCGCGUCGUGCACAUCGAUCAGGAAGACAGCUGCGUCCGCAUAAGCUUGUAUCAGACGCUCGACUCGUACCUGCGUACCUUUCUGUUUCGAGAGGCGUACCGCGACGCCCCGGACUCUCCGCAGACAAGACUCGGGCAGGCGCUCCUUACUAGCAUCUUGGAGCGCAUCUACAACGGCACGCAGAUUCCCGGGCUGAGUGGGUCGAUGGCGCCGGGGCGGCUGUUGUCGAAUAUGCUUCAGUUCCUUGGCGAGCUGCUGCGCUAUCACGCCGGCAACCUGCGCACCUUGUGUGCUUAUGUGGUCGGGGAUCGGGACAUGUCGCACCUGAACGAGGCGGUGAGAAGCUCCAACCGGCAGAACUCCGUCAUUCUCUCGGCAGCGCAUGCGGAGGAUGAGGAGAUCUUGAAGCGCCUACCCCUGGAGCGAGAGGAGCACGAGCCGUUUGGCAGCGUGCUGCUGCGCCGCCUCUUCACCUUCGGCGCGGACACGCAUCACCUGCUGCGAUCGCUGCUGCUUUCUCUCACACCGGGACUACGCUCCACUGCCAACUACCUCUCGAAGCCGGUGAUGGACUCGGCCGGCGAUGUGCGGCUGCCACCUAUACUCCCCGGCGUCGGUCGCACAAGCGACAUAAUCUCCGGCGAUGCCGUCCGUAUCUCAUAUGUGAUUCGUGUUUCACGGCAGUACGCGCGUGAGAUCAGCUUGGCGCCACCCCACGGGCUUCGACGGGAGGAGCUCUUGAGGGAGCUGGUUUGCGUACUCGCGCGCACGCCGCACAGGCAGGCCCCUGAGCACCGUCCCUUUCCAGGGCUGAUGUGUGGUGAAAAUGAUUUGGCACUGCUGCGCAGUCAAUGGCCGCUGCCAACGGUGGGGCCACCACCUCACCUCCGCGCGCCGCUCUUUGGUCGUCAUCCGUCGGACAGCGCGAAGACGCCGCCGACCCCUAGCACGGAACCACUCCUUUCAGCGACUCAGGAAAUUCUCAACACUCUGCGAUCGCCGAACGCUUCGGCAACGCAUCUACAUCACUCCGCAGAGACGACAGAGGACGCGGUGCGACUGGAGGAGCUGGCUCCGCUCGCUCGACUUCUGCUCGGCGAGCCGCACAAGCUUAUCUUCAGCGCCCUCUGCGGACUGAACAUUGAGUCCAUGGAGGACAACAGCCGCCUUUCCGUCGUGACAACGGUGCUUCUCGUGUUUUUGCGUGUUGCGUCCAUCGGGAGCUCAAGGGAGAGUGCUGCUGCGGCCGAGGCUAGUAUUCGCGACGUAUUGGCGAAAAUGCAGUCGUUUGCACGGCAUGGACACGACGUGUGGUUAGGGGAGAAGCGCGCAACCCGGGCGAAGGAGCGCGAGGCGAGGAGUCGUCAGGCCUCGAUGUCCUUUUCAGGGGACCAGGGGGUUUGCAUGUGCUACUGGCGUAACGCCGCAGAGGCUGCAGAGGUGGAAGGUCGGUACUCGAAGCGUAGUGAGACGGCGAGUGCUAUCACGGACUCCUUAGAAGGACCUAGGGGGGAUGAUAGGGCUGCGGCGAAGGGCAGGCUUGUGCCCGAUGAGCUUCCACGGCGCUGCCCCUCCUUCAUGGCUUACGGCUCCUGUGAUCCUCCACACGAGGGGAGCGUGUACCAGCGCGAUUUUGGCGGCUGCUUCUACCGCAACUUCUUCCGACUGCUGUGCCUGUGGGUGGGCUACUACGCGUCAUGUCAGCGGUACGUGGAGACGGUGUACUUCAGCACUGAAGUCGCGUUCGGAGAGUACAAGACGAUGGCGCUGUUCCUGAUGCGCAUCCUGCCGGACUUCUUCAUGCCCUACUUCUCGCAGUGCUGA